AUGAAUGAAGCACAGUUAAGAAGUGUAAACGCUCACUCUUUUUUUGUUUUGUAAAGUGAAGCAUAUCGCUCACUUGUUAUUUGUUUUUUGUUUUUAAUUUUUACAAUGUUUGUUUUGUUAUAUAUUGUUAUUUUUAUAUAUUUGAUACUGUUGGAGCCCAGGAAGCUAAUGGGGAUCUUAAUAAUAAACUAUAAACUAUCUCUGCUAAUUACACUUUAAAUGAAGCCAGUUUCUUUGUUUUGAAUAUGCUCUUUGAACUGGUUUCCAGUGAACAUUGUUCCGAGGCAGCAGUGGGGAGCAGCUGCUCCAAAGAACAGGGAGACGUUGAAAAGUCCCGCCAAGAGAGUUGUCAUCCACCACACGGCCCUCCCACGCUGCAAAGACCAGAAGGAGUGUAUGAGGCGCCUGGUCAGCAUCCAGAGAGGACACAUGAUGGACCGAGGCUUCGAUGAUAUUGGAUAUAAUUUUGUGGUGGGAGCCGACGGUUCGGUGUGGGAGGGCCGAGGCUGGGCCGUGGUCGGGGCCCACGCCAGAGGAAACAACCACGACUCGCUAGGCAUCGCUUUCAUGGGCGAUUUCACUAGUGAGUCUCCCAGCUCAGCGUCCGUGUCGUCAGUCAAACUGCUGCUUCAGUCUGGAGUCUCUGAAGGAUUCUUACACAAAGACUUCACUCUGUUAGGACACAGAGACCUGGGACAGACUCAAUGUCCUGGAGACAAACUCUACGCUGAAAUACACAAACUCAGAUAAUAAUAAUAAUGAUAAUAAAAAUAACUACAAAAUUUCCCCUGGGGAAAUUCUGAAAAACGGGGGAUACUGCCGGUGUGUGUACA